CUCCUGCAUUAGGAUCUUCAUAAUGCGCAGCGGAACACACAUACACACACACACACUUCAGAUCCAAUCUAAACAUACAUUUGAUCUGAUCUAAAAGCACAGAGACACACACGCAUCAGAUCUGAUUGGAUCAUGCACGCGCAUCCGAUGCUUGAUUGCAUGUUAAUUGAUGGACGAAAGUCUGCAUGAUCUUGAGAGGAGAAAACAGAGUCCUGAAGGUGGCACUAUGUCUGUGCAAGGCCAGGAUAUUUCAGAAUAUCAUCCGAGCGUGGUGCUGGACCCUCCUGGCUGGGAGGUGUGUUUGUAUGUGUUUGGGUUCUUGGUUCUUUUUGGUGUGGUUAUAGUGAAUCUGUGGAAAUUAUAUAAGUCUGGCACUUUUCCGACUCCCUCUCCUUACCCGAACUUCAACUACCGUUAUCUGCAGGAGAAAUAUGGCUCGUCCCACUCAGAGAUCAGACAGAAGCGUGUUGCAGCUUCCAACCAGCGGAGGGCGUCAUCGGCAAGUCGGAAGCCAAGUCUCCAGUUGCUGGACACUCCUGAUGGGUUUCGAGAACUUGGAACGCUGGAGCUCAUGACCCGGGAGCUGGAUCCGAGCGGAGGCACCCUCAACCGUUCCAUGUCCUCUGAAUCUCUGUGUUCCAUCUCUUCCGUCGCGCAGACGUUCGGCCACGACUUCACGGUGGGUCAGCUGGAGAUCACGCUGGAGCUGGACUCUCAAUCCUCACUUCUGCAUGUCUCACUACACCAGGGUAAAGACCUGCUGGAGAAGGAGGAGGAGAACUUCCCUGGAUGCUACAUCACCGUCAUGCUGAUCCCUCAACAGAUCAGCCUAAAAGCCACACAGGUACAAAGAAAUGCCUUCACUGUGGUGUUUGAUGAGCGGUUCUCUGUUCCAUUAGACUCUGUAAGUCUAGAGGAGAACAGUCUACGAUUCUCUGCAUUUGGCGUUGAUUCGGAUGAGCGAAACAUCAGUGCUGGAGUUGCUGAACUUAAACUGUCAGAUCUAGAUCUUUCCAUUCGGCCGUUUAAUGCCUGGCUCUACCUGCAGGACAUGAACAAGGCCGUUGAUGCUGUUGGUGAGAUCCUGUUGUCUCUCAGUUAUUUGCCAACUGCAGAACGCCUCACCGUGGUCGUGGCUAAAGCCAAGAACCUGGUCUGGACUAAUGGAAAGACCACAGCAGAUCCAUUUGUUAAGGUGUAUCUGCUCCAGGACGGCAGGAAAAUCAGUAAAAAGAAGACCUCCAUAAAAAGGGACGAUACUAACCCCAUCUUCAACGAGGCGAUGAUAUUCUCAGUGCCAGCCAUCGUCCUGCAGGAUCUCUCUCUGAGAGUGACGGUCGCUGAGAGCACAGAGGACGGGCGUGGUGAAAAUGUUGGUCAUGUGAUCAUCGGACCAGAGGCCAGUGGAAUGGGCAUAACACACUGGAACCAGAUGCUAGCCACACUGCGGAAACCAGUUUCAAUGUGGCACCCGCUCCGGAGGACCUAAAUCCUGACCCUUGACCCCUGACACCUGUCCUCUGACUCUUGUAUGCAUGGUGCCUACUGUCUAACUGUUCUAACAAUAAAGACGUUAGAAUAUCAAGAAUACCUGUUCCAGCUGUCCUGAGGGAGCGGAUAGGGACAGAUGGAUCUGGAAACAGAGUAAAGUCUCUUUUGCUUCUGUUACGGUCUAUGAAAUCCAGGUUUUCUUAUCCAGGUUAAAUUCAUUUCUACAUGAUAACAGGGUGGGUGGUUGUUUACUGCAGCUUUUGGGUGGAAUUUAAAAUGAGACAGAAAUUUCAGUAGCCACAUUCUGUUGUACUAAAUAUUUAAAGCAUUAAAAUGAAAAAGAAAUUAUUUGUUUGGCCAUAAAUACAAUUAUUAUUAUUAUUAUUAUUAAUAUUACUACUACUUCUAUUAUUGGGGGUUGAAUACUCUUAAACAUAUUGUAAAAUAACAUCUAGCAACAGACUUGGGAUGCUCGGUCCCUUUUCUCAGGCAAGUGCAGUGACAGUUAUUAGCCUGUUUGAGCCGCAUCACGUACCAUAGAGGCAGCAUUGAGGUGUUUUGUAAUUGCAUCCUAUUUAUUUAAACAUAUUCAUGAUCCCCAUAUUGGCUUUGAUAUCAUUAAAAAAUACCAAACUUUGCAUUUUACCAUUAGGAGGCAAGUACUUUGAACUUCAUGAAAUCCAACCUGAUCUAUACCUACAUUUUUCCUAAAAUAUUUAGUUGAACAUAUCACAGCACUUUUUUGGUAAAAUUAUCACUAAAGGCGAUACAACAACAAUGACUUUUAUUCCCUUUCACACAAAUCACGAGUAAAACAGCAGAUUAUCAGUUCAUAAACACUUGCUUUUCAUCCCGUUCCUCACACAACGUUAUCUUAUGACAUCAAAACACUUGUAAUGUAGCGCAUGACUUGUAAAGCGAUACAUUUUAACGUUUGCAUUACAUAAACGACUACAUUUACAAGCUUGUUCAAGAGCGAUCAAAUUGCGCGGUAACUCAACUGAUAGAGCGUUGUACUUGCAAUGCAAAUGAUCAUGAUAUGAGUCUUGAAGAGCACACGAAUCGACACAAGUCAAAAGUGUGAUAGAAGCACCACAAAAUGGCGUAGUUGCUUCAGCAAUUGCAUUUUUCAUCCCCCAUUUGCUUUUUAUGACACUGUCGGCUAGGUUUAGGGUAGGGAGAUAGACAAAACCUAUUUAAAACUCAAUGAGGCAUUAACCUUAAAACCUCAUCUGUUUGGAAGAACGUUUAACUCGCUUUAAGCGCCACUCAGUGGACAUUUCACCUCGGAACUGCCGCGAUAUGUAAUAUCAUUUUGCAAAAAUGUCGCCACAGACAAUGAUGAAAUCAGUUUUGGGGAAGUACUUAAUUAGUAGUACUAUGGUUAAAAGUAAUCUUUUUCAAAUGACAUUACAUUUUCCAGAUUGUAGUGGGGUUCAGCUACUCUGAACAGUUAUCAUAUUACUCAUUACUUAUUCAUUUCUAAAACCCAACCUUUACCAAAUUUGUUUCAUGUGGCCAAAGUGCCAUGUUGUGUUCUUUCACCAGGGCAUAAAUGAAAUUAUUGUCGUAAUAUUUGUGUUAUCUGUUUAAAGUAAUGUAUUUUGCAAAAGAGCCACUAUUUUUUGCGUUCCUUUCACUUUGUUAGUGUGUCAGUCAAAUUAAAGGGAUUGCAAUAAUAUAUUCUGUUGGAUGUUAAAUAUGUUUAUUACAUGAAUCAUAAUGAAUUGAAAUUAUAUAUGUAGCGCAACUAUAAAACAAUAACGAGUAGUCCCUUACAUGACUUCAUUACUUGAAGAUGUACUUUGUAAUUUUGUACUUUGUAACACAUUACCCCCACAACUGCAUAAAAUACAUUUCUAUUAAACUUGAAAAUAUUAUAUAUAUUAUGUUAUUUUAAUUGCUUUUCACAUUCUCUGAGUUUUCUUCAGCAAGAAAGAAAUCUUAAUAUAACACCAAAAAAAAAAAAAAGUUGAAACUGCCGCAAUAAUUAAACCUUUUGGUGACAGAAUGUUAAAACUUCAUACCAAAAUCUGUGAAUCACAUUCUACCACAACUAACACAUUUUGUAGGGUAAAUAACAGAUUUGUGCUUCUUGCUCAGUAAUGAGAUCAUUUCAUUUGAAGAAGUGCUGCAAAUCCUGUCAUUAAUUUUUAAUACUAACAAUAUUUUAAGCUUGACACCAUUAAAAUUAAUUCUGUGCCAAAUUCACCCUAAUAGAAGCAAUAUACUCAUUUGCCAUGUACAUCAGUUGUUGGUGAACUUUAACAGAUUUAAAGGAUGAUAAAACAUCAAAAUACUUUACAAUGCAUGCAAAUGUUAUGUAGGAAAUAUUGCAAUCAAAUGAACUGUUUAAAUAAAAAUGCUUUGUGUGGUUUGUCA